AUGGCAGAAAUCACCGCAAAGCGAAGAAAGCUAAGCGUGAGCGAUGGAGCUCAACAACCUGCCAGAAAUGGAGUCAAAUGGACGCAAAGCCGGUCGCGAUCGCAUGCCCCAACCGCUGAGCUUGCCGUUGCUAGUGGAGUGUUCAAGUCCAAUGCCUUUAAGUUGCAGGUGGAUGAAUUGCUCUCUCAGCUUCGGCCGGACCAUGACAAGCUGCUUGCCCGAGUCGAAAAGCCACUGCGGACAUUGAAGAGCAUCAUCGAAAAAAUACCAAAUAUCCCCGCCAAAACCGUGUCGGAGGCGGAGAAGGAUCUGGGCAAACGAUCAGGCGUUUCUGUUCCGUUUCCAGAGCCCCGUCCUGCGAAGGAUACGAAGUAUACCCUGGAAUAUGCCGCACCCGUGAAUAUCAACGUCGUGGGGAGCUUCGCGGUCAAAACGGAAAUAAAAUCAAAGCUCACAACAAUCGACCUGGCUAUCACUAUCCCGGGUUCGCUGUUCCAAAAAAAGGAUUACCUCAAUUAUCGAUAUUUCCACAAGCGUGCCUAUUACAUAGCCUGCAUUGCGGCAGGCAUUAAAGAUACCCUGGAGCCGGGCUUUAAGAUAAGUUGGAGUUACCAAGGAGGAGAUACACUGCGUCCUGUGAUUCUACUGGAGCCCGCAGAAGGCGCCGACGAAUCCUUCAUACGCUCAAAAUCCCGCAUCCGCAUCCUCAUAGCCAUCGAUAAAGAUGUUUUCCCAACUUCCGUCACCUUUCCCACCGCAACAAACAUCCGAAAAAACAAUGCGGAUCACGAUCAGCAACAAGAUUCUACUCAGCCAAGGGACCAUAUCGCGACGCCGACGCCCAUUUACAACAGUGCUAUCCGAUCCGAGGCAUCUGUUUCGGCGUUCUUGAAGCUUCAAUAUGCUGCCAGUGUCAAGUGCACGGCCUAUCGAGAUGCAUGUAUCCUCGGCCGAAUUUGGCUUCAGCAGAGAGGCUUUGGGACCUCUUUUGCACAAGGUGGCUUUGGGCACUAUGGGAUCUCGAAACUCCCACCCUCUGACGUGCCUAUUUUCUUUGAUGGAAAACGAGGCAUGAACAUCCUCUAUAAAAUGUCCCCUUGGUCAUACUCUCUGCUACGCCACGAGGCUCUUACUACCUUAAAAAUGUUAAACGACCCUCUUCGAGACAAUUUCAACGGAGUUUUCAUUUUCAAGGUUGAUGAUCCCCUUUGCAGAUUUGACCACCUUAUCUCAAUAUCUCCGCAAAUCGCUCUUUCGUCAACUCUUCGUAUCAGGAAAUACCAAUCGUCUGUCUAUGAAGUCCUUUUUAAAGCUCUGGGUGAUAGAGCUAAGCUCAUCAAUCUUUCCGUUCCAGAUCCCCCCGACUGGCCCGUUGGAUCGGGUGCACCCCCUUUCACAAAGGAAAAUGGACCCUCAAUCACCCUCGGUUUAUUACUCGAUGCUGAGCACUCUAACCGGAUUGUUGACCACGGUCCUUCAGCCGAGGAUAAAGAAGCCUCCGCUACCUUCCAAAAAUUCUGGGGCGAUAAAUCUGAGCUUAGGCGUUUUAAAGAUGGAAGUAUCGUGGAAAGUUUAGUGUGGUCCGAUCGCCAGUCAGAUCCACCAAUUGUCCAACAAAUUGUGGCCCAUAUCUUGAAGCUGCAUCUUGGCCUUGGUGAAAACCGCAUCACAUUUGCUAACUACGACCUCGGCAACGAAUACUUCAACGGUACCAGCGCGUUGAACCCUACUUCUUCCUUUCAGCCAUAUAUGGAUGCAUUCAGCUCUCUUGAAAAAUUACUCCAAGGCAUCGAUGGGCUUCCGCUCACAUUACACCAACUCUCCCCAGCUAGCCCUCUAUUAAGGUACACAUCAACUCAAAUCUCAAAUAGCGGGCUAGUGCAAAACAGCCCUGCCGAUGUUCUUCUCCAGUUUGAAGGCUCGACACGAUGGCCAGACGACCUGACGGCCAUCCAAAUGACAAAACUGGCAUUUUUACUUAAGAUAGCCGAACUUCUACAAGACUCGGGAGAAGUAGCUUCCUGUCAAGUAGGUUUAGAGAAUGAAAACAGCAGAUUACUUAACACCUCCUUCCUCGACAUCGUCCUCCCAAACUCCAUCACAUUCCGCCUUCGCAUCUACCACGACAGGGAACAGACUCUGUUGGAGCAACAACUGAAAAAGAAAGAUCUGGCAGCACGACAAAAGGAAGAUUUAGCCUUUGCUCUCGCCACACACAGGCGCGCUUUCAUUCAGGCUCCCCGACACACACAAGCAAUUCGAAUCCUUUCCACCCGGUUUCCCUUGCUUUCCCCAACCAUCCGCCUCGUGAAAAAAUGGGCAAAUUCCCACCUCCUAACCCCUCAUCUCCGAGAGGAACUUCUUGAAUUAAUUGUUUGCCGGGUCUUCGUCCAUCCAUACCCCUGGGAUGCCCCUUCUAGCAUCGUCACCGGUUUUCUUAGGACUCUUCAUUUCCUCUCCCGCUGGGACUGGCAACUGGAGCCGUUAAUUGUCGCUCUAAACCAAGAACUGACAUUGCAGCAAUUGUCCGAGGUCCAAACGCGCUUCGAUGCCUGGCGAAAUAUCGAUCCGAUGAUGAACACCGUCGCCCUCUUCGCCGCGUCAAACCUUGACCGGGAUGGCGUCACUUGGACCCAGUUCUCGAAACCACCACGAGUCGUCGCAGCGAGGCUAUCCGCCUUAUCCAAAUCGGCCAUGAAGCUCGUGGCGGAGAAGAAGCUAGAUUUGCAUGCUCCAGAGCUUUUCAUAUCGCCCUUUACGGAUUAUGAUUUUGUGCUUUGGUUGAAUUUAAAAUAUGCUGCUGGUAGCCGGAAGAAGAGGGAGGACCGAGCUGUGUUUAAGAAUCUUCAAGGACUGUGCCAGGGGGUUCUAGAUGGUGAUAUGACGGGGGUUAAACCCGCUGCUGCGUUUGCGGACGAGUUGACACGUUUGUAUGGGCAUGCUAUUGUAUUUUUUCAUGGGGAUCAUGAGGAAGCUGGUGGUGGUGUUAUCGCUGGUGUUUGGAAUCAGCAGACGACGAAACCACGGACGUGGGGGUUGAAGAUUGGCUAUUCAACUAUUCCGUCGAUUGUUGAAGGGGAAGAGGAAAAUCGGACGGAGCUUGCGCCUAAUAAGACGGCGAUUUUGAAUGAGAUUGCUACCAUAGGUGGUGAGCUUGUCGAGAAGAUUCAGGUUAAUCGGUAA